AUGUCUGUAAGAAUCAAAUACACUAGCAUAAUAGAAGCUACGACUGGAUUGAAAUCGUUGAGUUUAUCAAAAAAGAACAUAUUAGCAUUAGGGAGUGGUGAAGAAGAAGAUUGGUUGCUAUUAAAUGAAGUGGAUGCAUAAUUUAAUUUGCAUCCUAUUUAAAUUGGUAAAAUGGAAAAGAGAAUGAUCUCUUAAUUAGCAUGGUCUCCAUCUGGACUCUAUUUAGCAACAAGUAAUGAUAAAUUGAUUGUUUGGUAAUUCAAUGGCGGCAAUUUAUCUAUAUAUCGUACCUAUUAAGGACAUAAAUUGGAAAUUACAGCAUUAUGUUGGUCUCCUGAUGAUUAAAGAAUAGCUACUGCUUCAUUAGAUGGAAAUAUCUUUAUUUAUCAUAUUAAAUAAGAUGGAAUCCAACAUAAAAUAGAUUGUGGUUAAAAAACAGUUGGAAUAUGUUGGGAUCCCUUUGACAAAUAUAUAGUUUCCUUGAAAUUUGACAACACAGUAUUCAUAUAUAUUAUAUAUAUAAAGGUUAAUUUUUAUAAAAUUGAUAAUUGGAAACAAGAAAUCACAGUUUCCCUCCAAAUAUAAGGAAAAUAAUGUACAACCAAAAGAGAAGACAGAAAACUUGAUUGGAGUGUAGAUUGUAGAUAUUUGGCAGUUCCAAAUUUAGAUGAUAAAGUAUUUAUUAUAUAAUACUUAGACAAUUCCAACAGUAGCAAUUUUAGAUAGAAAUUAGAAUUUUUAAGUUGUUAGAACUAUUGUAGGUCCAUUCUCAUCAAUAAAUGUUGUUCGAUUUUCACCAAUGUUAUUUAAGAAUUCUAAUUCUAAUGAAUAUUUUAGUGUAUUUGCAAUUGGUGACAAUGAUGGUAAUAUAAGUUUAUGGUAAAUAAAUGAGAAUUAAAUUGAUGAAUAACCAUUUCUAUUGGUUAAGGGUCAUAAAAAGGCAGGAGAAUUAAUAGAAGAUAUUACAUGGAAUCAAUAAGGAACAGUUUUAAUGGCUACAACUUCUAAAAAAUAUAUAAUUGUUAUAGAUUUUCAAUUGAGUUUAGGUUAAGUAUUAGGUGAAAAUGAGAAAUAGUAAGUAAUUAAAAGUUUAUAUGGUGAUCUAAAAAAUACUAUUAAAUAAAUUAGAUUUUAUUAACCUAAAAUUAAUAAUGAAAAUAUUAAAUUUGCAGAUAUGUAGAUUGAAAAAAUCAAUGUAUAAGAUGAAUUAAAAAAUUAAAUACCUGAUAGUGCAAUAUAAUAAAGAGAAAUUCCUAAACCAACAUAAACAUAAUUUAAGUAAAUUAUUGUAGAUGGUAAAAAAAAAUUAAUACCUUUGGAUGUGAAUUCAUCUGAACCUGUUAUUAAAAAGGUUGAAUAAUAAUAACCAUUAUUGGUUAUUUAAUAAUAUGAAGUAUUACCUAAAAGUUACUCUUUUUCAAUGAAUAACAAAAUACUCUUAUUGGAAGUCUAAAAAUAAUAAUAAAGGAUAUUCAAUUAAGCUGUCUAUGGUACUUUAAUUAGAUGUAUUGAAAAUAAUACACCAAAAUGGAUUGAUUAUGUAGAAGGUUAAGUAAAGACUAUUCAAUAUAAUGAUGAUCUUAUUAUUAUUUACACUGAUUAAGCUUUACUUUAUAUUGAAAAUCAUAAAGGAAUGAGAUAAGAAGCACCAUUUAUUUUACCAUUCUUAAGUUAGAUUGUAUUGAGUCCUAAAAAUCAUAUCUUAUGUCUUCAAAAUACUGGAGAAUUUAAAGUAAUCAAUUUAAAUUCUAAAACUAUUUCUUAUGAAGGAGAUAUCAAAAUUCUAAUGUAACAUGUCUAUGAAUGGAUGGAUAAAAAAUAAUUAUUAAAUGAAGAUGAAAAGAAAGGCAAAUAAAGCAUUGAUCCAUUAAUAAAAGCAAAUCUUAAAAUUGAUACUGAAGGAUAUCCAUUAGUUGAAUUUUUAUUUAAGGAUUAUUGUGUUUAUACUUAUCAUAAGUAAUUAAGACAAUGGAUUAAAACUAAAUAAAUUGAUGUGAAGUAUUAAUUAAUUUAUAUUCAUUAGCAAUCAAAAUUAAGAUAUUAAGAAUUUAAAAAAAUUCAAUUUUAAUUAAUAUUAAACACCUCCUUAUAAUGAUGCUUAAAUAUAUAAGAGAUUAAUUUAAAAGACUACUAUUGAAGAUGCAAUCAAUGAUAUUCAAUAAAUAUCAAAAUUGGAAGAACAAUUAAAAAUAUUUUGGUCUGAUGGAGAUAUUAAAACAUAUGAGAAAGCAUUAUAUACUUAUAUUAAGAAAGUAAUUUGAGAAUUUAAACUAACUAGUUAUGUGAUACUUGGCCAAACAAUCAAGAGAAAUUAUCAAAUAUUAUUGAAACAAUGAUUACUAAUUAAAAUUCUGAUGAAUAUAAAUAUCUAAGUGAAAGAGUAUAAGACAUGGAAGAAUUAAAAAAAAAAAUAAUAUAUAUCCUUCAAUAAUUUCCAUAAACUAGAGAUUUAAUAUUGUGUCUUUUUCCAGAUCAUUUCUGA